UUUUUUUUCAAAUGGACAAUUUUUGUGGAUAACAGCAGAGAGCAAAAUAGUCAUUCCAGUGGGCAUCACAUAUUCCGUCAUUUAAUCUCUUAAGCUGGCUCUCAAAAUUCGCAAACAAUUUGCCCAUCAAAUUUUUGGUAAUUUUCCUCCCGAGGACUUUGCAACAAACGAAAGCCAAAGCCAGAGAUCCUCCAGUCCCGCCGCACACAACAACAUGGGUGGCCCACCCACAAAUAAUCCUGCCACCUCCUCCUCCACAUCCUCCUCAAAUGGAGGCUCCGCACAAGCACCUCCCCCACCUCCACCACCACCGCCAGAGGGACAAACCUAUUGCUUGCGCUGGAACAAUCACAAAUCAAAUUUGGUAGAGAUUUUGGAUUCGCUCAUUAAGGUCGAAAGCUAUGUGGACUGCACCAUCGUUGUCGAUGACCAGGUACAGUUCAAGGCCCAUCGUGUGGUCUUGGCAGCCAAUUCUCCCUACUUCCAGUCCAUAUUGCAAGAUAUGCCCAUGGAUCAUUGCAGCAUUAUCUUUCCAGGCGUUAAGGCCUUUGAAAUGCGUGCCCUGCUCGAGUAUAUGUACACGGGUGAGGUCAAUGUCACCCAAAGUCAAAUACCCAAAAUAAUGCGCAUUGCCGAGGAGCUGGAAGUAAAGGGCCUUUUCGAUAUGGCCGAUUUGAAAGAGAAAUUCCACAAGCUCAGCGAACAACAUGCCGAGAGAAGUGCUAACAAUCCCUAUGCCAGCACUACGGCUCCCGUUAAUCCCUAUUCCUCAGUCAGCACUUCAUCCCACACCAGCAGCUCCACACCUCAGAAUGGUUUGAAACAGACACAUCAUGAUGCUGAAAACUAUCACCACUCCUCCUCAGUGAUCUCUACCUCUUCGAAUAUAUCUCCUUCAGCAGCGCCCUCCAGCAGCUCAUCGCCGCCCUACAGCAAUUACAAAUCUCCCUAUCCCAGUUUAUAUAGUAAAUCUCCCGGCCCCAACUCGAAUCAAGCGAAUGCCAUAAAUCCCGCAUCCCAAUCUAGCCAGCAGCAACUCAAUACCGCACCCACGCCUCCACACAGUGCCCAUUCAGCCUCUGGCGCCGAUCGUUCGGCUCAAUGGCGCAUGUCGCCAUCUGCUGCUGCUGCCGCUGCCAUGUUAAGUUCCGUUUAUGAAUCAGCACCCGAUAUGAAUCCUUUGAAAAGAAAAAAGCUUUCAUCGAUCUCCAGCAUGCUUAUGAAUCGUGACACCCCCAUUUUGCGCAAUGUCUUGGCCCAAGCCAAUCCUGCAGACUCAUCACAGCCCAUGCCAUUGAUGAUGCCCUCGGCGGCUGCCAUGAAAGGUGACAAAAUCACAUCGACACCCAUCAGCAUGGAGAAGGGUGGCCAUAAUAACAAUCACAUUUUCAAUGGCUCCGAUUAUGGUGAUAAGCAAAAAUAUCAAGAAGAUCCCCACUCUCCAUUCACUGAUCGUUCGUUUGAUGAUGACAGUUUUGACAGCAAGGGUAAUUUCAAUGUCAGCUUUGCCAAUAAUUCCAAUCCCAAUCAAAAGCCCGAAUGGAAGCGCUACAAACAGUAUACCCGCAAUGACAUUUUGUCUGCCAUCCAAUGUGUGCGCGACGGCAUGAGUGCUUUGCAAGCUUCCCGCAAAUUUGGUGUACCCUCCCGCACUCUGUAUGAUAAGGUGAAAAAAUUAGGCAUAACCACUGGACGUCCCAUGAAUCGCAGCAUAAAACGUAGUCCCAGCACUGUUGAAUCUUCGGCCGCAUUCCCCUUUGCCCAUGGCUAUGGUCAGGCAGCUUCGGCAGCAGCUGCUAUGCAUGAGGCUGUGGCCCGUGAAGAGCGUGAAAUGAAAGAACAUCACCGCAGCUCGGAACAUCAUCAUAUGGCUGCGACCAUUCCUCAUCCGGCAGCUGCUCUAUUGGAUCCUGCCUUUCUGCAACAGGCUUUGGAGAACCGGGGCGGUGAUAUAGCUGGACGUGAGGCCUUACAUGCCAUGGCUUUGGCUGCUGCUGCUCAUGCAGCGGCCAAUAGCAUGUCUGCCAGUCCAGGACCCAACGGCAAUGCUGUGCGUUCGCCCAGUCCCAAUCAUUUCUCUAUGAAAUAUGGCAAUAUGCGUGGAAGUGCAGCGGAACAAGAAUUUAUGGAACGCCAGGAAAUGGAACGCGAAAGGGAACGUGAAUUUGUGGAACGCGAAAGAGAAAGAGAGCACGAACGUGAAUUGGAACGCGAACACGAAGAGCAUGAUUUGGAGAGCGACGAAAGGGAACGUGAUCAUGGUAACAUUAUUGAAGAUCGUGACAUGGAAGAAGAUGAUCAAGUUGAAGAUUUAUCGGUAGCCCGCAAAGAUAAUCACUCACCGGUCGAGGCAUCACGUCCACGGCCAGAAUCCCCCUUUUCCCCAGCUGUGGUGUCGAAUGCAGAGCAGGCGGAAAAAUCGGUUAUUAUGACCACCAAAUUGCCCGCCAACAGCAGCAGCGAUGAUUUCAUGCAUGACAUGAAAAUGAAACGUGAAAUUAUAACGGACGAUGUAAGAGCCGACUGAUUGAUGCUGACCAUGGCUUGGCAAUAUGCGGCCGAUACGUGUUAUGAUGCUUUAUUCUCUUCGCGCUAGUGGCCAGGUGGCAACGCUGGCAUGAGUAUAAAUUAAGUGAUUGACUACUCAAUGCUAAGUGGCUAACGGUUUUAACACUAAUAGCCUUAGAGGGUUGCCGUGAUACAUGAAACGUAAGCAAAAUCAUGGAAAGUUUAUUUAGGGAGCCUUUACACUUUUUGUGGUUUUUAUUUCAGUGCAAUAGGAUUGUUCGUUUUUUGCAGGGGAAACAAAAGGGAAAAAGGAUGAAGUUUUUUUUUUCUUAGUUGAAUAUAUUUCAGGGACGUUAAACGUAGUUUUGUUGAUUUUUUUUUUUUAAUUUUUAAAAAAUUGAUGUAUAAGCUUUGUUUUCCUUCACAGCAGUGGCUGGUUAACAACGGCAUUAUAUAAGGCGGUAUAUUAGCUUUACUUCAACAUAACAAAAUGUAUAUUCCUAGAAGCCUAACAACCCUGGGCUUGUGUAUAGGGGAUAGGGGAAAUAAUACUUUGUUUAUCUUUUCUAAGAAAAAAAAAAUCACACUGAAAAUACUGCACAAAACAAAACUAAAACUCCAGAUUCGCAAAAAAAUAAGGGAUACGCACUUAAUUUGUGAGCUAGCUGGAGAAGCCAGAAAGGAUUACAGAAGCCGUUCAAAUUAUAUAUAAAUGUGUUGUUAUUAUUAAUAGAAAUCACCGUGUGCCUAAAAACAAGAAAAACAAUUCAUUUAAAAACAUAGAAAUCCUGCAAAGGUUCUGAUAGCUUAAGUUUAGUUUUAAUUCGAGACAAACUAGUUUGGGGGAGAGAAAAAAAGGAAACGGAAAUCCAUGCCAUAACCUCAAAAAGCCCUUAAAAAUAGACAUUUUCAAGAAAACAAAACAAACAAAAAAAACAAGACUGACCUACAUAUGGAAAACCAGGGCUCAAGUUGCGAACAGAUGCUUAAGUAUAAACGACAGAGGCUCAAUAUAUUCAUUAUAAAUUAACAAGAAAUUACUUAUUAGUCUAUAAUCAAGGAAGACAUAAGAAGUUCACUAUAUAUAUUAAUACUUAUAAGCAAUUUUUUCUAUUUUUAAGAAUUACUUUACGAUUUCUUUUUGUUAUUGAACAGAAAAAGCCAGUGAUUUGUUUUAAAAAUCUUAGUUUAUUUUUUUUACUUUUACGUUUUUUACACCACCAUCAGGUUUUAGUAGUUCAAUUUUUAAACUAGGUUUUUGUUUUAGAAAACUCUUUUCCAAAUGGUUUUGCAAAACAAAAAGGAAAGAACAAAUGAAAUCCAACUACCUCAGACUUACUAAAUGAAGAAAAAAAAACAACAACAACAACUACAAAACAAACGAAUAUAAGAAUGUACAAAUUAGUUUUUAGGUUUCGUCUUAAUUAUUUUCCACUUUAGUUCAUUUCAUCAUUAUCUGUGUUCAAUAAUUUAAUUUUCUUUAAUUAUUCAUAAGACUGACACAAAAUAUAGAAAUAAAAAAAAAACAAAAAAAUGCAACAAU